AUGGCAAGGCUAACUAUUAUAUAUACUCUCCUAUCUUCUUUCACUAAUUAUAACCUUCGCCAAGGGCCUUUCUUCUAUAGUUUAACAGAUCUCCAUCCAAGCAAUAUCUUCGCAUCUUCACUACCAACCAAGACCUUACGUGCCCCUUAUUGGUUGACCGGCCUCUCUAUCGAUAAUAUAAUAGAUAAGCAUCUCGAAACAUUUAAAGCAACAUUUAACGAAUUCUUGGAUAUUUUUCAGGAAGAGGAGAAGUCAUUCCCGCCCAUCAGUUCUUCCUAUUCAUACUACACAGGGCUUAUAAGAAGAGGUUUCCGGACCAAUAACUUCUAG